AUGUCUGUUCAGGAGCUCCAACUCCACGACAAUAUCUAUGGGCGGGAGAUAAUCAUCACAAACCCGCGCAAGCUCGGCAGUCUUUUUGGACGAGGAGGUUACAACAGACUGUCUGCAGCGAGUGGGAGCGUCGCCGGGAGCAGUGUCCUCUCCAUGUCCUCGUCCCAGACCCGCACGGCCGACCGGGAUUCGCGCCAGAGACGGUGGUCUUCUGCUUCGAGUGAUUUCCAGUCUGUUGUGAAUAUCGCCCACGAGGUUGGCCAUGCCGAUCGGAGUGAUCUACAAACAAUUUCAUCCUACAGCACCAAUGCAAGCUCUGCCGUCCUCAGCGACAUUCCCUCGUUCAUCUCCGAAUACACCUUUAACACGGGCUCACAUUCAGCUUCAAAUGCCUCUCAUUCUCGUCCAGCCACCCUCUCCAGCGACUCGUUUAGGCGGAGAUCUAUGCAGAGUGAAUGGCACCAGUCCAGAGCAUCUUAUUCCCAGGAAUCACUCCCUCUCCAUCUCAGAGACAUUCCUGGGUCAGAUGAUGACGAUGGAAGUGCCUCUGUCAUGCCAUCCAGACGACCAGCCUCUCCCCCGGAAUCCAUCCAGUUCCUCAACCCAUUCGCAUGGGACUCGGAUGCUUCCAUCGCCAUGACUCGUGUCAUAUACAACCCAGACGGAAGUAGACGGCCGAGCGUGAUUGCCCCCUUUGAGGAACCCCCUCCAGACGUUGUUGCUCCCUCUGUGGCCGCAUCCCCCCAACGUACACCCUCCAAAACAUCGCGCAAGUUUAGCAUCUUCAAGAAUAACAAAUCUCACGGUCAAGCGUCCCCGAGUGCCUCGCUCGCUGCUCCUCUCUCCCGCCCUCCUGCGCGUUCACUCCCCGCACAACCUCUGGCACGUCCGUUACCUGGACAGGCACAGACUCGCAAUUCCAUCUCGUCGAUCAAGUUUGGUCAGUCCAAGAGCGACGCCGCGGUCUGGUUAUAA